CAUAACCUCUGCAGUCAGCAUUGAAAGUCUGAAUUCGGGCUGAAAGGAAACCUUCUCUUCUGAGUCUGAGACCAAAAAUUUGGUGAACAAGUUUGAUAAUUAGUGAUAACACUGCCGCAAUUUAGCACAUCAUCUUGCUUUCCACGAAAUUUUGCUGAAGUUGUAAACUCUUUCAUAAUAUCCUCUAAACUUUCAGUGAUGAAGUCAUGAGCUUCCGGAGAAUUAUAAAUAACAUUACCGUGAGUCCCUCCGCUAAAAUUUUAAUUGGAUGGACUGUCGUCAUCGGGUUAGGAAUUGAAGCCUUCAUUCUAGCCAAAGAUUCAAUUGAAGCCAAUCGUAGAAAGGCUAUGCUGAGUAGGCAGCGCAUGCAAGAGUCAAACGCUGAAGAUUUCGAAAGUAACACUCAACGCACCCAUUGGUGACAAAUUCUAAGGCUCUUUUGCGGUGAAGUAAAUUGAGGACCAGAAUUUCCCUUACAUAGAAAAAUGGCGCAGCCCAGCCCAGAUGAUCUAGCCAAGCUGCAACUAGUCCAAGACCUUGAAAUUGAAAUGAUGGCGGACAUGUACAACCGAAUGACGACUGCCUGUCACAAGAAAUGCAUUGCGCCAAAAUACAAGGAGGCGGAAUUGGGCAAGGGAGAGGCCGUCUGCAUCGAUAGAUGCGUUGCCAAGUACCUAGAGAUCCACGAACGGGUAGGCAAGAAACUGACGGCGCUUUCGAUGCAAGAUGAAGAGUUUCUCAAAAAGCAGGCAGAGGCCUCUAAAUAGCAGUUAGCAGUCGUUUAAUUCUAGUGGUUUUCUUUAUUUCUAACUGUUUUUGUUGUUGGGAUUCUUAUUUUUUAAUUUGUUGCCCCUCUGUAAAUACCCUGAUCUACUUUUAAGCUCUGUUUUUUCUUCUUUUUUUUUCAUAAAACAUGAGGUUUUAAGCCGGCAUUGUAGUGUUUUUUAUUGAAGCAGUAUCAUCUAAGUUCUUAAAUAAAUGUUUAUUUUGCUUCAAGGUCA